GUUAUUGUUAUCUCGUAUAUGAAGAUGAGGCAUGUGUUCUGGAACUUCUGAGGAACUCUUUCAGAACUCGUAGGAUAGAUAGUGACUUCUACAGAAUUCCAUUAUACAACUUUCCGUUCAGAUAUGCGAAGGUUGUACCUUGGAGCAUAGAAGACACCAACUACUGCGGGCCAACUGGUAGUUCUGCCAAUAUGCAGUAUGCCAUAUAUGUUGGACAGCUUCAUGGUUUGAUGACAGCGAAAGGGCUUGCCAACAUCAUGGAUGACCUGUUCGGAAAUGUUGUUUCCGCUACCCUCCACACUGAUCAAUAUAAAUAUCCUACUGGUUCUGCGAGAGUAAUUUUCUCCAGUAGUGAGAGUUAUUUGAAAGCUAUCAUCACACAAUCGAUAACCAUUCACACCUCAAAAUUCACCAAAACUAUUCAAGUUCAUCCGUAUCUGGGGAAUACUCUUUGUAAUGUAUGUUUAAAGUCUCCUGGAAUAUAUUUUUGCAGAGCACUUCAAUGUUUCAAAUAUUUCUGUCUUAGUUGUUGGAAUGGAUUUCAUCAAAAUGUAACUGAAAAUUUCAGCGAACACAAACCGUUGAAGCGUUAACUGGGGGUAGAUUCCUGUGGUAACCAGUCAACGAAACCAGCGGCCAAACAAUGAACAAGUCGUGAAGACAUUGAGAAACUUCGUUUACUUUUUUAAUUUUGUUGCAAGAAGCAACAAACUGUACUGCUUACUUCUUACGCCUUGUGUUCAAUCCGCUUUCGUUAAUCUACCCUCACUUUGCUGGUUCACUCUUUUGUAUAUAUUUAAGGGAAUGUUUUGACCAAUGUGGAAAAUACAUUUUCAAUUGAUCCUCUUCUUUCCUCUUUUUAUUCGACUGUUCCUUCACGUCAAUUAUAUCACACAUAGAAUUGAUUAUUGUCUUACAUCGGGAGGUGUUCAGCACAUCUCAUAUUGACAUUUCAAUAAGAUGAAGAGUUUUUGGUGGGAUACCGGCAGUUAUUCUCUACUAUUUGUCUCUCUGUCGAUAUCGCACUUGCUCUCCCUUCUUUCCUGUCAGUAAGGAGCUGCACACAAAUUAAGCGUCUAAGGACUCGUCAAUGUAAGACAACAAACACGUCUGUGGGUGUUAGGCGACGAGUUGACUUUGUGAAUCUAUAUACAUGUAUCAAGGUGAAUAGAAACUGUUGCUGGGUAGUUUGCAGCAGCUGAUGAGGUGAGAAUCUGUGAAGUAGAAUGAUGAUAUCGUUUAUUUCAAUUUGUUUCCAUGCUCAU